AUGGAAAAGGCUGGACUUGGUAGUCGCGAAAGAUUAUUCCUUCAAAGUGCCGAGCAUAUGGACAAGCUUCAGGGCGGCGACUGGAAUAGUUUCUUCCACCAGUUUGAAGCAGUUGCUUCCCAGUCCACCGCCAGUGUUUCACGUCCUUCAAUCGUUGAUGACAAUGUUCCGUUACCAAUUAUUCGCGGUCAUCAUUUUGACAUCGUUUAUCACGAUGCGAUGGACGAGCACGUCAAAUGUCAG